AUGCCUUCCGGUGAUCUAAAUCCGCCUAUGGCGUACGAGCCGUACAGUCGACCGCUCAGCGCAGAGCAUGACCCUGUUCAUACCGAAAAGCUCAACCAACAGCGCAUCGCCACUCGCAAUGCCAAGCAGAAGGAAGGUCGCAGUAAGCGGAUUUUGGAAUCUGUGCGAGUUGUUCUGCGACUUUUAGCAUUGGCUUUCGCCGCUUCAGUCAUCGGCGUGCAAGCUCAUAUUGCUCGAGUUUGGGACCAGUCAAAGAAUGAGACAGUUCAAAAUUCCCAGACUGGAUUCCGCAUGCGCGCUUGGGCAGCUCAGAUGGACCUGUGGCCGACUUGGGUAAACAUUGGCGCGGGUGUUAUCGCAAGUGUCAUUCACAUCUCGUCCUUGCUAACGCUGUGCGGUGGUCUUCGUACCUUGCGGCAGAACAAGCUCUACCCUUGGGCUGUUGCAUUGACGUCCAUAUUCUCAAUCGUCGCAUGGAUCGCCGCCGUUGUCUACUACAAGGUUGACAAUGCCCGAGGGAAGAAGCACUGGGACAUUUGGUCAUGGUCAUGCAGCCACCAGACUUGGAACGCCCCCAACGUUAUCUUCGAGCCGCUGUGUGUUGAAUUGAACUAUAGCUUUGCCGCUCUCAUUAUCGCAGCAGCCAUCGAGGUUAUGUGUCUCGUCAUCUUCUUUGUCAUUCGAGGCCGUGAGAAGAAGCUGCGACGGUACAGGCAGAUUGUUACGGUCACCGGCUCGGCUUAG